AUGGCGGAUUCACGCGAAGAGCGGCUCUAUUCGCGCGCCGGGCGGACUGUCUGCAAGAUGCGUCCCAACGCCCUGGCCGCCGCCCAGGUCAACCAGUCCAACGGCACAGGGCGAGCGCCCGCGAAGCCGCUUGUCCAGGGAUCCGGGGGGGCUCUCAUCCAGGCCGCUCCCGAGCAGGACAAGGAGAACGCGACGGCAAGACCCCGCGACACCCCCCAUGUUGGCCCAGCGGCUACGCAGCACGCCCCUGCGGCCGCCACUCCGGCUCCGCGCGCUGUCAGCGCCGAGCUCGCUCUCCCGCCCGGCGCACACCUCUCCGUCGGCAGCCUCGCUGUGCCGCUGCCGGUGACAACGGAGCGUGUAUUGACGCUGCUCCGCGUCUCGAGCCCCGGGUCGCUCGGCAGCGACCCGCACGACCCGAACUCGACCGAUCGGGUGCCCUUCGAGGUGCACAUCCCCGCGUCGUACACGGACAUGUCCCCCGAGCUCAGCGACGCGGUGCACGCGCACGCGCAGCAUCUUGCCCGGGGCAUCGGGGGCGCGUCGCCGGUCACGCCUGUGCUCGAGGACGUCGUCGUCAACGUAGCCCCGCGGCUGUUCGCGGACCCGUGGGCCGCCGGUCGCGACGCACCUCCCGGGUCGCGUGGACGCAUGGUGGUGCAGCUGCCAUCGGAAUUCGGUCACUCCGCAGACCAGGUCUCGGCGUGGAAGCAGGGCGACGUCGUCGGUUGCCGGCUGUUCCAGCGGCCCUUCACGCAGGACACGCGACUCGCCCGGACCGUCGCCUUGCAGCCUGGCACGCAGCAUCGAGUCAUGACGGGGCUGUGCUGCACGGUCAGCCUCGUGUUCGACCUGCGGAGCGCCCAGGACGAAGCAGCACGAGCCGCCCCGGCGCGCAUCCAGGCCGAAGAGGAGCAGCCUGCUCCGCAAACGGGGUGA